UUCCCCAAAAGUUGCCCAAGAUUGACACUUGGGGGCGGCUCGCUGGUACAAAUAUCAGUUUAGUCGGCGCGUGCGCUCAUUCGCGAUCAACUUACCGUUGCAAUCUCACUUAAAACUGCACACAGUUUUAACCGACAAACACAAUGAAAGUGAUAUUGAUUUUCUUGUUCUGUGUUGUUUGUGCCCAGGCUAAAGUGACGCCUGAUUACUUCCCGUCAUGCAAAAGGAGUGAUCCUCAAAUUGAAAAAUGCGUUCUCAACGGCCUCGAGGCUAUGAGACCCCAUCUCAGAGAAGGUAUCCCUGAGGUGAACAUUCCAGCCCUGGAUCCCUUCACAGUACCGACCCUGAAGCUCGACAGGACUGCUCCUAACUUGAGGCUGAAGGCAACUGUUAAGCAUGCGAAGGCUUACGGCGGCAGUGACUUCAAGAUUGAGAAAUUAAAACUGAACCUGAACAACAAGUACGCUGGAGAGCUGAAGCUGACGCUGCCCAGGCUGAUGGUGGUUGCUAACUAUGACGUCAGGGGAUCCAGACUCCUCACCCUCGACAUCAACGGCAAGGGACGUCUGCGUGGAAACUUCACUGGCAUCACAGUGAUCGCGAAGGGUUUCGCGAAGCCAAUCGUCAAGGACGAUGUGGAAUACUUGCAGGUCGACAAGAUUGUCUCCAAAGUCAGGAUCAACAACGCACAGAUCGCUAUUGAUGACACCGAGAGACCGCUAGCUGCGGCAUCAGCAGUAUCGUUCUUCAAUGCCAGCCCGAACGUAGUUCUGGACAUCCUGAACCCACUGAUUGAAGAGACUACAGCAGCAGUCAUUAAGGCCUUCGUGAAUAAAGUACUAGGAAGUAUACCUAUCAGUGAAGUAUUGACAGAUGAUGCUCCAGCAGCCUAAAUUGUAAAUAGUUUAAGUUAAAUAGGUUUUAUUUUAGUUCUGAGAGUUUGUUUGAAAAGAAAAAAAGGAUAUUCGUAGAUUUAAAAAUGGAAUGAAGAAAGGAAUUUUAUUGAAAUAAUAGAAUUUCAACUUUAAAGUCGAGGCCAAGAAAAUGAUUUUGGCAUUUCGUCGCCCAUGUUUUUAAAGGAGUUCUAUUUUUAAAACGUUGUUAAAGCAAACGUGUUUGCGGAC